AUGGACGCCGUCUCUCUUACCGAUGAUAGUGACGCAGCCGGAAACAAAACGAAGGCCUCUCAGGGAGACAUCGACUCCUUCAGGGCGUCUCUGUCCAAACUGGGAGACGUUUACGUGAACGACGCCUUCGGGACAGCUCACAGAGGCCACAGCUCCAUGGUGGGAGUGAACCUUCCUCAGAAGGCGGCCGGCUUCCUGAUGAAGAAGGAGCUGGACUACUUUGCCAUGGCUCUGGAGAAACCUCAGAGGCCCUUCCUGGCCAUCCUCGGAGGAGCGAAGGUGAAAGAUAAGAUCCAGCUGAUCAACAACAUGUUGGAUAAAGUCGACGAGAUGAUCAUCGGAGGAGGCAUGGCCUUCACCUUCCUCAAAGUGCUCAACAACAUGGAGAUCGGCACCUCCUUGUUCGAUGAGGAGGGGGCUGGCAUCGUUAAGGAAUUGAUGGCCAAAGCAGAAAAGAACGGAGUGAAGAUCACUCUGCCCGUCGACUUCAUCACCGCAGAAAAGUUCGACGAGAAAGCAGCAACCGGCUCCGCCACCGUCGCUGCUGGCAUCCCCGCAGGCUGGAUGGUGAGGAGAGGAGAUUCACUUUUGAUCGUUCUGUUAUUUCUGCUUCUGUAUUAAAGGUCCCCUAUUAUA